AUGCCGAAAGAUCUGAAAACCCUGCAAAUUAAGGAGCUUCUUAUCUCAGCUAAUCCUUCUAUGGUUAAUGAGGAUGUCGCAGCCACUAUGACUAGCACAGUAGCUGAUGAUAACAUAGCAGCUGAUGAUGAUGAUGACGGCAUAAUCAACCAGGUAAAGAAGUGGUGGAAAAGGAGGAAAACGUUUACCAUCUUCCAAAAGAAAUCUGAAGCAAGAGAUGAGUAUGUGCUUCUAGCAGCCACCGUAAUAGCUGCCAUGUCUAACCAAGCAGCUAUUAACCCUCCUGGUGGAAUCGCGGGAGUGGACGCUACAGAAGUUUCAGCUCCUGACCCUUAUGAGCAGGUUUUUUGGCUUGAACCGGCAGCUUCACUUCUAGCCUACUUCUAUCCUUCACUGAGUAACGCGUUUUGGAUAUCGAAUACCAUCUCGUUCAUGGCUGCUCUAGGUAUCAUAUUUCUUUAUGUAAGUGGCGCAACUCUGAAACAGAAGCUCUUCAUUUGGCUUAUUCGGGGAGCCAUGUGGAUUACUCUCACAGCAAUGGGUGUGGCCUAUGCCUGUGCAGUGCUUGCCACCACCCCAAGUACUGUUGAUUUAAAUGACAAAACGCUUCUUGCGGUCUUUUACGGACUGUGCGCCUGGAUGGGAUUGAUUCUCCUAUCCAUGUCAGUCGUUACCUUUCGUGCCGUUCGCUAUUUUGUGAGACGAACUAAGAGGAAGCGUGAUGCGAGGAAGAAGACAUAUACAAGCAGAGACCCCGUCCCCCUCGCAUCGCGAAAUACUCAUGUGGUCUCUGUCACCUCUCAAACCUAG